UGUGCGUUACUAAAGUUUAAAGUAAAAGCUAGAGUAGCUGUGAGGAAAUUUCUCAAGUUUAAGCAUCAAUUUUAUAUUUUAUUGUGAAGGCGAUUGUAAGUGCUGUGAUUGCUCUCAUUUCCCAGCAGCCCUGUCAAGAUUCGUUCUCUCAGAAGACUGCAACGUUGUUUUAUUCAAGCCCUAUGAGGAGGAAUUUACGUCUUAAGCUUUACCGUUCUCACUCUCCUAAACCGCUAACUCGUGACCGUACUGAUCUUGAAGGUGUAGCCGUUAAUGGUUCUUUAUACGAAACUCAGGUUGUUAACAGGAACUCAGAUAAAGAUGAACCAGUACGUUCCAUCCACACAAGGCUAUAUUAUGCUGCACUAAAAGGUGACUGGAAAAUUGCUAAAACAAUUCUUCGGGGAAAUGGGAAUUAUGGGCGGGAAAGAAUUACUAAAACCGGAGAAACAGUUCUGCACGUUGCAGCUGCCGGAAAAAACACCACAUUUGUGCGGAAGCUAGUGGAGAUGUUGGAUCCAAGCGACUUGGAACUGGCAAACAAGCGAGGGAGAACGGCGUUUUGUUACGCAGCGAUUUCUGGGGUGGUUGAAAAUGCAAGAGUGAUGAUGCAAAAGAAUCAUAAACUGCCGACCAUACGCGGUCACGAUGAAUUCACGCCAAUCCAACACGCUGCUCUCAACGGCCAUAAAAAAAUGGUUUCAUAUCUCUACGAGGUCACGCCUUUUGAAGGGUUGGCGCUAUCAGAACGCAUUGAGAUUUUGGAUGCUACUGUUCAGAACGAUAUAUUUGAUGUUGCGUUAAAAAUGAUAGACAACAAUAUCAGUAUAGCCACUGCAAGAUUAGAAGGGGAUGAAUCGCUAUUGCGUGUGCUCGCCCGAAAGCCCCUGGCAGUAAUUGAUGAUCAAGAAGGGAUUUUGGGGAGAUGUCUUCAUGCAACUUAUGAUGUGCUCUGUUUGAAUUUGAAUCUACAAGAUUCUGCAGCGAAGAAGAAAGCCGGUGAGCUAUUUGAAAAGAUUUUAACCGAGUGUCUUACUUUACCAGACGACCAGUUCUUUAGCCUAAUCAGGAGAACACAAAUACUCCACUAUGCUGCAAAAGAAGGGAAUGCUGAAUUUUUAACUAUGAUUCUCCGUAAGAGCCCUGAUUUGUUGUGGGAACUAAAUGAAGAAGGCCACUCCAUUUUUCAUGUUGCGGUGUCACAUCGACAAGAAAGAGUUUUCAAUAUUAUAUACAACAUAGGAGUUUACAAAGAUUUGAUCACUUCCAUUCGAGAUCGAGAUGGCAACAACAUUUUACACUUGGCCGCAAAAGUGAAGAAGCCAAACCCUUCCAAAGAUACACAUCAAGAGGCCACCAGUGAUACCUGCAGACCACAGAACCCAAGAGACGAGUGCUCUGAGGAGGUAGAUAUGAUUUUACCAAAAUCACUUCUCAAAUUAUCCACAGCACUCCUUCAGGUUCGAAGAGAUGUCACAUGGUUUAAGGAGCUGAAGAUGAUUGUUCCAUCAUCAUUUCUAGACACGAGAAAUAAGGAUGAUAAAACCCCGGAGCAAAUUUUUAAAGAACAGCACACUGCAAUGUUGAAAGAUGGAGUAAAAUCCAUUAGAGAAUCAGCAAAAACUUGCCUGGUGGUGGCAGCUUUGAUUUCGACAAUGUCUUUUUCUUCGGCCAUCAAACUAACAGACAUUGUUGGAUCAACGUCUAAUGACGGAUACAGUCCCACAGUGUACAGGAUUUUCGAUGCGGCGGCAUUGUUCACCUCAAUAGUGUCCAUUAUCAUGUUCUUGUCCAUCACUUCGUGCUACACAGAAGAUGAUUUUGCUUCGCUCUCGCUGAGGUUGCUGAUUGGACUGGCGACAUUGUGUUUCUCCAUAGGUAGCAUGUUAGUGGUUUUCGGUGCGGCGUUUUUGUUGAUGUAUACAGAUGGGCAUGCUUGGGAGCUAGAAAUGGUUUCCGUCCUUUGUUCCGUUCCGGUUGCUCUAGUUUUUACACUAUAUUACGAGCAAUGGUUUGUCUUGUUGCGUACAAGGUACAUUAAAUCAAGUAAGCUCAAGCUUUGCUGAUGAUGCAAUGUUUAGAGGCCAUCCAUUUGAUCUUUUCAUCCCAAUUAAAUUUAGUAGGAAGCUAAGAUUACAAAGUAUGUUUAGUGUUACUUGGGAAAUUGAAGAAUUAAAAUUUCCUGAA